GCGAGGAACCUCUUGGGAUACAGGAUAGGAAAUCGGAAUUAAGGAACUUACCAUGGAGAAAACUAAAGAAAAGGAAAAGGAUCAGGUUGGGGACUCUAUCCACAAGAAGCGCGAUGCCAUCUGGCCAUUGGUUCUUUUCUAUAUCCACGUGAACAUCCUUGGGAUAUAUGGGAUUUACAUUCUGCUCACUAGCGCUUCGUGGGCCACGAUUUUAUUUACUGCUGUCUUAACCCUCCUGGGCACUUUGGGCGUGACAGUGGGUGUUCAUCGUCUUUGGGCGCACAGGACCUUCACCGCCUCCAAGCCCUUGAAGGUUUUUCUCAUGUUCUGCCAGACGACUGCCGGGCAGGGCUCCAUCUAUAGUGUGGUUCAGGCCCAUCGACUGCACCAUGCUAAGUUUCAGGAGGAUGAGGAUCCGUACUACAGUAAACACAGUUUUAUGUACGCCCAGGUGCGAGGAGGACUGCUGAAGUAUUCGCCACAGCAGGAGGAACUACUCAAGGAUGUAGACAUGUCGGAUCUGGACAGCGAUCCUAUUGUCAUGUUUCAGAAACGAUACUACGUCCUGCUCUACAUCUUCCUGAACGUACUGCUUUCGGUAAACACUCCAUUCCAGUACUUCGGUGAUUCUUUAGCCACUGCCAUGUUUGUGGGCUUCUGGCUGCGGAGUCUGAUUGUUAUCAACCUGGGAAACCUGGUCAACUCAUCCCACUUUGUUUGGAGCAUCCACAAGGGCUUCAAGCCAACAGACUCGAAUAGUAUUUUUCUAAUAACAAAGAGCUACUGGCCGCAGUAUCAUUAUUUGCUGCCCAGGGAUUAUCAGAGCGGGGAAUUUGGGGACUAUGCCUCGGGUAUUGGAUCUGCCAUGAUCCGGGUGUUUGCUGCCCUCGAUUGGGCCAAGGAUCUGAGAACCAUUGGUUCCGUGGCCGUGCGUAAGGGACUCACAAAUGCAGUGGAAACGGGUCGUCCGAUUGUCGAGUGCAUCGAGGAAGAGGUGAAGUUAGAGGAAAACGCCCUGCCCACCAAUCAUUUUCUUAACCGGGAGAAGUUUAUGUGAGCGCCUUGCGUCAUCGCGUCACUAAAAUUAUGCGACAAAUGGUUGCGACAGUCGUAAAAAUAAAUUAACCGCCAUAGAGAUGACGGGGUAGAGUAAA